UACGUACACUUGAGCACCUUUUGAUGGCGCGACCGCCCGGCCGGCGAGCCUAUAAAUUCGCACCCGCCCUGCUGCAUUUUCACUCACACUGACUACUCAAACACGCAGCAAGCGCUUGCAGAGAAGCCAUAAAGCAACCUGAGAUCAGUUCCAGGCUUCCAGCACCAGGCGCCGCAGCACAAGUUCGAGAGCUAGAAAUGGCGCCGGCUUCGUCCUUCCCGAUCAUCGACAUGGGGCUGCUGGCCGGGGAGGAGAGGCCCGUGGCGAUGGACCUGCUGCAUGACGCAUGCGUGAACUGGGGAUUCUUCCAGGUUCUGGACCACGGCAUCUCAACGGAGCUGAUGGACGAGGUGGAGAAGAUGACCAAGGAGCACUACAAGAGGGUGCGCGAGCAGAGGUUCCUCGAGUUCGCCAGCAAGACGCUGGAGGGCGGCGGCAGGGCGGCGGAGAACCUGGACUGGGAGAGCACCUUCUUCGUGCGCCACCUCCCGGAGGCCAACAUCGCCGAGAUACCCGACCUCGACGACGACUACAGGCGGGUGAUGAAGCAGUUCGCGGCGGAGCUGGAGAGGCUGGCGGAGCGGCUGCUGGACCUGCUCUGCGAGAACCUCGGCCUGGAGAAGGGGUACCUCACGCGGGCGUUCCGGGGCUCCAAGGGCGUCCCCACCUUCGGCACCAAGGUCAGCAGCUACCCGCCGUGCCCGCGCCCGGACCUCGUCAAGGGCCUCCGCGCGCACACCGACGCCGGCGGCAUCAUCCUGCUCUUCCAGGACGACUGCGUCGGCGGGCUCCAGCUCCUCAAGGACGGCGAGUGGGUGGACGUGCCGCCCACGCGCCACUCCAUCGUCGUCAACCUGGGCGACCAGCUGGAGGUGAUCACCAACGGCAGGUACAAGAGCGUGCUCCACCGCGUGGUCGCGCAGGCCGACGGCAACCGGAUGUCCAUCGCCUCCUUCUACAACCCGGCCAGCGACGCGGUCAUCUUCCCGGCGCCGGCGCUGGCGGAGGCGGCCGGCGGUGCGUACCCCAGGUUCGUGUUCGAGGACUACAUGAAGCUGUACGUGCGCCACAAGUUCGAUGACAAGGAGCCCAGGUUCGAGGCCUUCAAGUCCAUGGAGAGCCAGAGCACCAAGCUCAUCGCCACCGCUUGACAACAACAACCACGGUACUCCGUUGCUCUGCUCUCCGUACGUGGCCUCGGUUAUGGUCGAGGACGAUAGCACAUAGGAUGCUUGAGAGUUCGUACGUCUAGUACUGUUUGGUGCCGAAUAAACGAGCCUGCUGGCUGUGUGCUACGCCUAGCUAGGAUAUGUAGUAGGAGUGUUUGUCAUUUUCGCUGUGUUGUGCUGCUUCCGACCAGCAUGAGAGCUGUACUGUUCUGUGCCUGUUCUUAUUCCCAGGGGCAUCGUAUCGAUUGUCUCUUUUAAUAUUUA